AUGGCGGAGGAAGAGACACCCACGCAUGUUAAGUCAAGCAUCUCCCCGGGAAAAGUUACCCUCUAUGUCGUUCCGGCAACUCCGACUUCUGGCGCGCAUGUUGUCAAAAUUUUGAUCCUGAUGGAGCUCCUUAGCAUUCCACAUGUGGUAAAAGUGGUACUAUCUCCAAGCGACGAUGAAUGGUUUUGGGAAAUCAAUCCCUACAGAAUGGUUCCAGCCAUUGAAAGUGAAGAUCUCGUUGAGCAGCCAGAAAAAAAACCAAAGCUUUUGAAUGUCUUUGAGAGUUGCUCAUGUCUUGCCUUCUUAGCGUUUACUGAUGAUUGCAGCGCAACAGGAAAUUGGUGGCUGGUGUUGAAGCGAAAACACGGAGAUUCUAUGCGGGAAGCGAUUGAAAUUUUCGCUGAUGCUAUCAAAAAAGAAUACUCCAUUCUCGAAAAUCGGCUUCAAAUUACUGAGCAGAACUACAUCGCUCUUUCCGACCGCCUUACUAUCGCUGACAUUGCGAUCCUACCGUUUGCAAAUGAAAAUAUUGCGGCAUCGGCAGGCAUUGACUUCAGUGAAUAUCCCUCACUGCAAGCAUGGAGCCGGAAACUUCUCGGUCUCCCACAGAUCAUUGCCUCCUUCGAACUGGUGACAACUUUUGGUCGUUGA